AUGCAACAUUUUCGCGCCAUAAUUUAUUACACUUUUCAAAGACAAUUAUCGCAACAAGAAUGCCUUGCUGAGUUACUGACUGUUUUCGGCAACGAAGCGCCACAUCUGUCGACAAUUUCCCGUUGGUAUGGAGAAUUCAAACGUGGACGGGUGAGUCUUAGCGACGAUCCCAGGGUGGGUGCACCAAAAACGGCAGUCACCCAGGAAAACCUCGAUGCUGUGCGCAAACUCAUAAUUGAAGAUAGACAUGUGACAUAUCGCGAGAUUGAGGCGUCCUUGAUGAUCUCAAAGACCUCAAUUCAAAAAAAUCUACAUGAAGAAUUAGGUUUAAGAAAAUUAGUUUCUCGUUGGAUACCCCACCUGUUGACUGAAAAGCAGAAAGCAGCCAGGGUUAACUGCAUUGUUAGUGAUGAUGAAUCGUGGAUUUACUGUUGUGAACCAGAAAAUAAACGACAGUCGGCUGUUUGGGUGUUCCAAGUCAUCCAUUCUCGAAGUGUUUCGAAAAAGAUGGUCGCGACAUUUGUGUCAAAAGCGGGUCAUAUUGCAACAAUUCCUCUUAAUGACCAAAGAACUGUUACUGUGGAUUGGUAUACCACCAUUUGUUUGCCAAAAGUCAUCACCGAGCUUCGAAAAAUCAACCCCGAAAGAAGAAUCAUCCUCCACCAAGACAAUGAAAGCUCGCACACAGCCCAAAAGACAAGGCAGUAUUUAACGGAUGAAAAUGUGGAAUUAUUGGACCAUCCUCCAUAUAGUCCCGAUCUAAGUCGUAACGAUUUCUUUGCUUUCCCGAAAAUUGAAAACAGACUGCGUGGUCAAAGGUUCGAGUCACCAGAGGAAGCAGUUGACUCAUUCAAAAAUGCCGUUUUGUAUGUGCCAGCAAACGAGUGGAAUAAGUGCUUCGAAAAUUGGUUCGAGCGCAUGCAGAUGGGGAUUAAUCUUCGUGGAGAAUACUUCGAAAAACAAUCAAAGGGAAUGGCAGUGUGA